GGAAACGUUAGCUUACUUAGCUAACUGAAAGACUACUUAUUUUAAAGUAAUGAAUGAGAUAGACGAUCAAAAAAGAAGUUUUAACGAGCUCCAGGGGGAUUAUCUUCACUUUGUUUCACUACAGGUUUUAUUCACUCGAGUUUUUUGUGGACUGACAACAUCUCUUUUUUAGCUAAUUUGAGUCGAUGUAAGUAAAUCUACUUAUCAAAACUAGCAUUAGCAGGUCAGUUCGAGUCGACAAUGGAGGAGCCAAGAGAAGAAGAGGAGCCGGAGGUGAAACAAGAAGAGGUGGACAACAUGGUUACAGACACACAGACAGGUGGAGGUUCACCUGAGCCGACGGUAGAGGACGACAGAGAGCCGAGGAGGGACGGGGAGAGCACAGGUGAGUCUGGACUGUCAUUGAGGGGAUAGAUCCUCCUAUCAUCAGGCCUCUAACCACUUAUAAACAUCUUAACUGAAGCCUACAAAAUUCAUUUACUUUUAGAUGCAACUAUUAACACAAUCCAUCCAAAAUAAAGAGAAUUAAACCAAGAAAACACACUAAAAAUCAGCAAAAAGACACUGCAGUUAUAACAAAACAUAUUCACUAAAUUUGUUAAUUUUAAGAAAGUAUUUGUAGUCAGUUUAGUCUGUUCAUAAUGUUGAUGGUUAUAUCUUUUUUGGCUGUACAGAUGUGUUUGAAGAAGCAGAAACUCAGGCUGAUCUCACUGAUGAAGCAGAGCCGCUCAGAGAGACUCAGACUGAAGAAGAUGUGGGAAACUCUACAGCAACAGGUGAGACUGAUUAGCCAAAAGUAUUAACUACUGUACUCCAGAGUCAGCCCAAGCCUCAAUGGAGCCCUAAGCAAUAUUUGAUUUAGGGGCUUUCUAUUUCUGCCAAUAAUAUUGAUUGUUGAUCAUUCACACACCGUCACAAAUCUCUUUAAUCAACAUUCCAUGACAUGCAAACAGCCUUCUUUCUCUUCUGCCUCUUUCUUUUCUCUGCUUCUGAAGGAUAUGUCCUUGUUUGUGACAUUGUUUUGCCCCACAACUACCUGAGCUCUGGAUGAUCAGUUCACAUGGCGCAGCAGAAGGCACAUAACGGUAGCAGAGCUUUGACAUAUCAUAGGCCUACAUCAGCAGCAGCACUAAAAUGAUUUGAACGUACAGAAAGCAUCACUCAUACAUGCAAAAAAUAGAAAAUGUUAAAUUAUUAUUUUUUGAUUGCUCUUGGGAGUCCCCUAUUGGCCGCGGGGCCUUAAGCAGGCACUUAGGGGCCGGCUCUGCUGUACUCUGUUCAGUGUAUUCUCAGUCUGCUACCAGCCGUCAGCAAGUGUUUGUCACGGUUUUGAGUAAAGCAAAAAGGAAAGAACCCAAAUGCAGGACAACUAAAGGUUUAUUCAAAGUAAACUAAAUAAAACAAAAACUUACUUCAGAAAUGUAAAAAUCCAAAAUGGCAAAAAAAAACCAACAGAAGACACUGGAGACUCUGGAGACAACGACAUACAGAGACAUACAAUGAACCGACAAAGGCUACGUUCACACUGCAGGCUCUGAUGCACAAUUCGGAUUUUUUUUGUUAAAUCCGAUCGUUUUGUGCGGUCGUUCACAUUACAACAACAAAUGCAGCAUCUCAUGUGAAAUGAAUGCGUCCGUGAAGUGACCCGCAUGCGCACAAAGUAUAAAUUGCUUUCCGUGCCUGUUUGUGUUGUCGAACAAUGGUGACGUUUGUCGCAGAUUGAUGACGUAUAGGUCGGAUGAACGCGACCUGAGCAUACACACUGCAGUCACAUCGGAUACAUAUCCGAUUUAUAGUCACAUACAAAAGAGGCCUGGGUCGGAUUAGAACAAAUCAGAAUUGCACUGUUCACACUUACAUGAAAAAAUCAGAUAUGUGUCAGAUAUGGUUAAAAAAUCGGAAUUGACCUGCAGUGUGAACACAGCCUAAGAAACAGGGGAAAAGGACUAUAUAUACACACAGGGAAACGAGCAACGAGAGGCAGGUGAGACACUGAGACGCAGGUUCAGACAACUACAGAGGAGGGAAAACUGAGGAAGUAAAACAGGACUAGAAACACAGGGAAUAAACUACUUCAAAAUAAAACAGGAAACACUGAAAACUGAUAAUGAAUAAAACACUGUGAACAUGAGAGAACUGGGGACUACAGGGGAACAGGAACAGCAGGUAAAAAUCACAAAGGAAAUACACUCUAGGGAAAAACGAAACCAGAGGAAAACUAACUCAAACAGCACUCAUCAUGAGAGUGUUAGAAACAGAACAAUUAAAAAAUAGUCUGAUUGUUUUGGUUCUAAUGGUUUACAAUACACAGGAAUGAAAUAUGCAUGCCAUCAAACUCGGGUAUCAUAUGUUUAAUGCAGCAUGUUUCCAUCGCUGCACGAUAAGGGUCAUUAGGUUUUUCUUCCAUAUCAACAGCUAUUAGUUUCCACAUUGUAGUUUAUCAUAUCUAUAAAAACCUUCUUUAUGUAAAACAAAUUAUUUCCCCCUUAAAAUCAUCUAUUGUCAAAUUUCCAGUCCGUUCGUCACACAUCAUCCAGGUUAAUUUCACUUCCACACAAAAUACUGCAGAGCAUAUUCAUGCAUUGUGAGCCUUGAAUAAAUGAGAAGAUGUGAUAAAGGAUGAAGAGCAGGCAGUCAAGUACCUGAGACGUGUUGUGCUGUUUCUAGGUAACCUGACUCGGGUAUUAUAGAACAUGAAGAUUAAUAUCUUGUUAAAGUUGAAUUAGCAGGAACAAAGAUGGCAGUCACAAAAAACAGCGUUAAAUAAAUCCAACAUUUCUGCGGUAACGAACAGACGCUGAGUAAUGAGAAAACUUCACUUUUCUGAGAAUUUUACUCAUUAAAAACUAAAUAAGUGGAAAAUCAUCAUAGAAAACUGCUAAAAAUGUUCUAAUAUGGUCUCUAAGAUGUCUCUGUGGUUUCAGUGAAGGUAGUGCUGGUGCCAGAGGGUCAUGUGAUGACCGUGGCGUUCGCCAUCGGCCUCAGCAUCAAGGAGCUGAAGUGUCACCUCGCCUCAGAGCUCAGAGUCCCUGCAGAGGUGCUGCAGAUCUCUCUGGACGGUAAGUCUGCCUGCAGGUGAAAUUGUGAUCAUUGGUGUGGGGUUUGAUUAUACAAAAUCAGGUGCACUUAGAAAACAGAUGGGAUUGAAGUCGACCCCCAGGAAGUUUGUAGGUUUCUUUUUAAACAUGAACUCCAAUUUCGAGGACAUUCAGUACCUGAUAUUUUGGCAGUUUGGUGUCCGGGUGGGUGGGAUCUUUAAAGAUACGAAGCUUUGCUGAUGCAGCGAGAACUUUAAUGAUCUUCCAGGGAGAGUAGAGCGAUGGUCAUGACAGUUUGGGGUAAAUCUAGUAGAUUUCUUGACAGUGAGAUUCUGAUUCAGUCUGAGCUGUUCAUUUUUUGCUUGUCAGGAAGAGUGGUGGAGGAGCAUCAGAGUCUGAUGGAGCUCGGUGUUCAGCCUCAUAGCUCCACCCGGAUGGAAAUGAGCUCCACUGACCCAGACACUCACCCACUCCGCCCUGUUCGACCUCCAGAGCACGACAACAUGCCGGACGUCAUCACGGUCCGAGUGCCGACAGGUCUGAACACCCACUACCAUCUCUACUUUGAUUUUUAUAUGAGUGUCAAUAAGGUCUGCCCCAAGUGGACACUAGAGGGACUGCACUUUCAUCAUCAGCUCUUUGUGACUUCCAGGUGAGGGUGUGUUCGAGGAGGUGGUUGUGGAGAUCGAGCGUCCCCGCCAGCAGAAGGCUUUCCUGGGCGGCUACAAACAUCGGCUGACAGGAGUAGAGUACCACCACGCUGCAGCCCAGACCCUCCCCAAGAGGAGGCCCGACAGAGGAGUGCUGGUCUUCAGCCGUGACACGCAGGUACAGACACGGAGCGUCAAAGUUCAACAACACAAGAAUGAAGGCAUCAAACUCUGGAAUACAAAAUAAGACAACUCUAAAAAUGAUCCAGGACUCGGAUAAAAAGUUCAGUUUAAUGCUCGGUCGCACUCAGACACACCGCCUGGUCAUGUCUGCACGUUGCAGUUAAAGGUCAUUCAUUACUGCAGAACACUGUUUUCAGUCAGCCGUGAGACAGAACACGACUCCAUGUGCAAAUUAAACAGUGUAAUUACAGCCAGAAAAAAUGCAAAUGAGCUUGUUGAACCAGAAGACGGAAGACAAAUGGUCACAGUAACACCUCACUGCUGAGCAUCAGGGUUAAUUAGUUUAUUUCUGACUGUGGGCUCCAAUUAUUAUUUUCAGAUCAGGAAGAAUAUUUAUGACAGUUAGAAAACAACUCAGAGUUUUAGUUUAGAAAUCACCUGAAAAUGGCACUUUACCUUUUUAGAUACAUGUAGUGUACACAUCAUACACAUGUACAGUACAUACGGCUGAGUACUGGCCAAUCACUGUUAGAGCUGUUUUCUGCUUUCAAGUGAUGAAUAAAUAAAUAAUCUGAAAUAUAUAAAUGCACUUUGUUUAAUCGUCAGAGUUUGGGGUCUUCAUUGUUGGUAAUUUUUACAGAGUAAAUGUCUGAUAGUUCAUUUAUGUGACCAUAAUUCUGAAAUACCGUAAAACUUCUAAUAGAGGCCAUCAAAAUCAAAGGCAGGGCCACUAGGUGCUUUGCUUCACCAAGCAUGCGUACACCAGCCACACAAACUGGACUUAAUUGGUCAUUAGAGGUCAAAUGUUUAUGUAGGAGCCAUAGGCCGUGUCCGAAUUGAAUCACUAACCCCUAACCCCCAUAUGGGAUUUUACUAUAUAGUUGACUAUGUAGUGAACUCAAUUACCGGAGGUUUCGGACACUACAUGGCGGGAUGCCCACCACCGGUGAGUGACCAUCAGAUGGUCACUACAUUUUGCAAUGCUUUAUGGGAAAUUUUGAGUCACCUAUAUUGGGCACUGGAAUUGAUCACUGAGGUUUCGGACACCCCUCAAAAUGGCGCUAAACCCCAUACAGUCGCCUAUGUUGGGGUUAGGGAUCCAUUUCGGAUACAGCCAUAAUGUUGCUGUGCUUAUCGGUUAUCCUGUGUUCAAUUAUUUUUGUCUUGUUGCUAUUGGUUUCGCUGGGCUUGGGUCACGUGGGCACUGAGUUUGAAAGCUGGUAAGUUAUAUAAGGGGCGGUCUUAACUGCGCUGUGGUGGCGAGGUGAGCCUAGGUAGCCGUAAUUUUUGUUGACUGCGCUUUAUGUUCUUACACAUCAUGAAGAAUACACAUAUGACAUCGGAUGUGCGCGUGUAAAUCAUUGGUCAUUUUCCAAGCGUUUUUCUGUUAUUAAAGCUCCGAAAACUUCGAUGAACUGUGGGUGCUUCUAUGGAACAGCAGCAGCAUGUCACACAAAUAUACAGGACCAAGUCUCCGCCUCAAGCGACCUUUUAAAGGUACUAGCUGCAACAGUGUAUGGACUUCCUAGUAUGAGUGUGCAGAUCUCGACAAAGUGAUUUGAUAGAGGAAGUGUCAACAACCAUGAAGUUGGACUCUGCGGUGGGAUCCAUUUACGUUACGCUCAUUAUACGUUCCCCCUACAUAAACUCGUCCAGAUGUGUCUGCCACAGUUUUCCUGUUUGUUACUUCCCUGCUUACGAGUCUCAGUUUCGCUGUAAAUCCUUAAUCACACCGGGCUUCACUCUGCUUCACCACAGCAGGACGGACGUGGAGAAGAACUGACAUAGAACCACACUACAGAUCUGUGUCCAUGUGUAUGACUCACAGUUAUGAUGCUCUACGUCUGUUUUUUGUAUGACUCACACACACACACACACACACACACACACACACACACACACACACACACACACACACACACACACACACACACACACACACAGAUGCUGUAAUGAUGGUUUGCUCAUUACAGAUUUAUUGUGCAUACAUGAAGACACACGCACACAGUGCUGCAGUAAUGAGACCUUUGUGUGUGUGUGUGUGUGUGUGUGUGUGUGUUGUCAGUCCUAUGAUGAGCUGACCUGUGGCCCUGAACUAAAGUUUGUUUACACAUCACAGCACAGCCGCCUGCUGGCCUCAUGCUCCCGUCGUCUCCCAGCUCUCAUGUCUUUUUAUAGCGUGUCAUUUAUCCUCCGUUGUUCUCAUGGUGAUCUGCUCUAAAGGUUUUAAUCCAUCAGGAUUCAGAUCACACCUUUAGGGGUCUUCUUUAAACUUUUUUCUAAUCCAUAAACCCGAGAAAAUAGAUUUUAAUGUUGGUGGUGACGUGUACGGUCUCUUUAAUGAUGUGUCACAGCAUGUUGACCUCUGACCUGUGGAGGUGGCUCAGACCUGGAAAGGUUUCCCCUUAAAUGUGAACCUUUCUCCCCCUCAGCCUACAAAACACUUCCCUUCAACACCUCUGGUCCUGUCAGCUUAUCACUGAGUUUGUUGGCAUGUUUCCAUCUUUGUAUUUGGUCGACUGCAGGCAAACAGAAAAAAACUUUAUCAAGUAAUAAUUCACUCCUCAGGGACCAAAACAGGUGGAAACAGAUUCUGAUGGUUUGUUGAUCAUUUUAACUCGAUAAUGAAUUUUAAAAAGUGCGAAAAAAAAUUAAAAAUAAACUUUAAAAUCCCACUCUGAUCGUUUUUUUUAGUAGUUAAAGUGUUCUCAGUGGUCUUUAAAUCGUGAUUAUGAAGUUUUUAGCCAAAAUCACGUUACCUCUGUCAUUUUCAAGAGCUUUUCUUCUGCAGAGCUCCAGUAGCUCAUUAGUAAUUCACCUCUGAGUCGUGGGUGGAGACAGCACAACUCUACACGCUCCUCUUCAUGCUAGCUUGUAGCCUAACAUUGCCGGUGUAGUAGAAGAAGCAGGUAACAUAGAAGCUAUUCAGCUCUCAAACACUAAAGUCUUUAGGGACAUGAUGAAAGUUAAUAUCAUAAUUAACUUUCUUACGAGCAUUGCAAUCUGCUAACGCACAAGCCUAUUCCACGAUCAUCCUCUCUAUUUCUCAGAGUGUGGCCUGUAUAGUGGGGCUCCGGGAGGCAGAUUUGCAAAAGCUUGGAUUUGCUAUGUAGGAAAUCUCACUGUGUCUGAGGCUGCUGUUUGGAUCUGCCAGAGAUUCACAGAGAUUUCAGAAAUGCAAUUUCGCACUUACUUUUCUCAUGAUAUGUCCUGUAGCAUCAAAGAAAUGAACAAAUGAACAUGACAGACAACAAGAAAAACAUGAUUUUCUUGUCUGGUCUUUUAAAAGUAUAUAUGUUCACUCAGAAUUCCAGCUGGCAUCCUGAAAAAGUUGUUCUGAUUGCUUCUAAAGAUAUAGUUAGAUAUUAUUCAGCAUUAAUGGAACCUUCACAGGCGUGGAGGCUACCUGGGACAUCGACUCUGAUGGGUGGACCCCUUACUCUUUCGAGAGGAGGACAUGGUGUCCAUGAUUUCCAAAAAAGAGUGUCCCGUUUUGAUCCCCAGACCAUCAGGGAGCUUCACUUUUAAAAUGUGACAAAAAUAAUGACAGAUUUGUCAUAAACGGCUUUGGAUGUAGUGAUGAACGACAUUAUCUGUGGUUGAAAUGGAUACACAUGUUAUUUAUUUCUAUCCGGUUAAAAUAAUCGAACAUAAAUGAGUUUUUGAGUACGUUGAGAUCGCAGCCACAGAGCAUUGUUCUGUUACGAUCCUGCUUUAGAUGAGCGAGGGCGAUGAUGACAUUUACUCGUUCAGUUGACAAAGAGCACAAAGGCCUGAUUGGAAAUCGACUACCAUCUGUCUUUAGCCUCGUUAGCAAACCUCAUCCCUGUCUGAGGAAUGUCUGAUGGAUUUUCUCUGACUUCAGGGCUUGUUAAAUAAUAGAGACGCUAACUCCCAUGAUCCCACACUACCUCUGGAUCAUGUAAAACUCUGUCUUUUGUUGUUGCUCUGUUAGAAAAGUCCCAGGGCCAGAGGUUUGAACCGUGCAGGUAGAGACAGAUUGAUGACAGGAAGCUCUGCUGCCACCGCGGCUCUCUGACACCCACUGGAUUUUCCUCUUCGCUAAUAUUCUCACGGGGAUUUCUAGUUGACUUUUCUCUUGAAGUUUUUAUAGAAUCAGCCGACGACCUUUGACCUUUAUGUGAUGAAACAGAUUUCCUCAGUUCAGUGAAUCGUUGUGAUUUCAGCAGAGGUUGGCGUCCAUCAUCCGGGAGUCGGUCAGGCUGCACUCGCUCUCCGUGGGGAAAUUAAUACACCUGCACACAGAGACACCGUUUGGAUGUCAGUCAUCUCUGUCGUCUUUCUAUGAGAGCUCGUGAUAGUCUCGCUCAAAUGACAAGUGCAGAAGCUUCAUGCAUGUGAAAGCAUCCUGCUUCCUGUCAGAGAUGGUUCCAGACUUUCUGAGGGAUCAUUAAUAAUCCAAAGUUUUCAUGACUGCCUUCCUUCUUUUGUACGACACUGGAGUUUCAUCAAUCUGUGUCACAUGGAAACGUAAAAACAUGUUCCUCACGUCUCAUCUUGUCGGCUCUGAGUCUCAAUAAUCAUCCCGAAGUCCUCAGCUGUGGUCAUGUCCGGUCACGGUCACGUGCUCGAGUUUCUGACUAAAACUCAGACAGUGACAGGAACACAUUACAAGUGCUGUAAUCCUCUUGGGGACACGGUGCUUACUACCACAGGGUGGAAACCAGCAAGACGGUGCUUCAAACAUUUGACACCAAAACAACUUUGAAGGGAAUUCAUUCAAGGGACGUUAAAUGUUCUUCCUUGAGCUGCGUCACCCCGCUGUAGUCCCUAAUGGACUGGCCUGAGGUCUCGCUACAAACAAGCGGCUGCUGGAAGAGAGUAGGUGAGUUGUGUUUAGUUUCUUUGCUAAAGGAAUCAGGCAAAGUCCGUAAACUGGUGCAAGGCGGAACCAAGUUGUCCAUAGUAAGUUCAGUCUAUGGUAAGACACACCUCAAGCUUCAGCACACUGUCUGCUGCCACAGUGCGUCUUUCCUACAGUUCGGCGAAGGAUUCUACAAAAGAAGUAAAGGUUUUGAAAGUUUUGUGUUUUUUAGUUCCUUAAGUCCAGCCUGUCCGAUUCAGGCUGGACUAAUCGGACAAAUAUCUCUGUUUUAUUGUUCAGACAUUAAAAGUCUAAUUUCACUUCAAAACGAACUUUUCUGUCUGUGUUUCUGUCAGACCGUGGAGCUCAAGUCUCAGGUCCAGCAGUGCGCAGUAGACGUCUCCACUCAGAUGACCGGGAUCGGCUGCUACGUCUCUUGUAUGAAUGACAAACUGGUCACCCCGGGCAAAUACACCACCGCUGCAGAGUAUCACGACAGGAGGCUGAGAGCUGUGAGUCAACGCUGGUGAAUGUAUGAUUUACGUUGAACUGAUGUAAGAUAUUUGAGUGGCUUUUAAAGCGACAGUAGCUGCAUGAUAGUGCUGCUGGCAGACACAUCCAAGAGCCAAGAUUAAUGAAUGAACCACUGAGCGUGUGUUCAAAUUAAAUCUUCUCCCCGACCUUCUUCUCUCCUCUGUCUUUUCACUUAGGUGAUCUGUCUGCAGUCGUUCACCCGUCGAUGGCUCGCCCAGCAGGUAGUGAACCAGCUCCGGAGGGACCGAGACCGGCGGCUGGCCUGGCUGGAGCUGCAGGAGAGGAAGCAGAAAGAGGAGAAGGAGGAGCAGCUGAAAGACCGCCGCCAGCGCUGGCUGAACCCCCGGAGGAGGGAGGACUUCAACCUGCUGUUUCAGGCUCUAGAGAGUAGGCUGUCUAAGAGGAGGUCUCACUCUGCUCUACAUCUGCAUGAUGGUGGUGGUUCAACGUUUCCUGUGUGUUUCAGAGUGGAGGUGUGAGGAGGAGCAGCAGAUCAACUCCACUCUGAGAGGAGCAGAGAGGAAGGCAGCUCUCUGCGCUCUUCUGCAGCAGGAGACGCAGCUUAUCGCUGCCAUCGGACAACACCGCAUCGCCGCCCAGAGCAGCAACUACGACACGACUGUCAAAAGCUUUCUAGACAAGGUCAGAGGUCGCUUACUUCUCUGGCCUCCAGGUCUCCUUAUCUAAAGUAGUUUAGAAAUGAGACUUUUUAUCAGAGGUGAAUUGAGCCGUCUUAACGGGACUCACUGGUUUGUAGACUUGGUGUUUUGAAGCACCAGUUCUGAGAUCUUGGCGGUAAUUAUCCGUGUUUUUUUUUUUUACCAGAAUGUCAAAUUAAAUUAAAAAUGUGUGUUUCAGUCGUCAGCUCCUCAUCAGUGGAGAGCAGCAGACGGUCGACUGAUCGAGAUGGACACUCCGCACACCAUCAGAGCCAGAGAGCUGAAAGAGCUUUACAACAACAUCCACCUGAACACCGUCAGCCGGGAGCAGAGACUCCACGUCCUCAUGACACUGAAACACACAGUCCAGGUACAGUUCACACACACACACACACACACACACACACACACACACACACACACUCACACACACACACACUCUGGAGGUUUCUGCCUGUUAAAUACAGUUUCUCCUCUUCACUGUAACUUGCUGAACCCUGCAGUGUUUCAUUCAGGGUGGGUCUGAUCUUACUCAUUGGGACUUAAAGCUAUAGUGCGUAACUUCAAUCGCCCCCUAGAGGAUUUCUGCGUUAUUACAACAAUAGAGCUGGCACUUUAAUAUGACAUAUGGCCCAGUGUAGCCUGUACACAUAGUAACACUCGCGACUCACCACAUACUGCUCAUCAUGGUACACAGACUGUAACUGUCUACACAACAUGUCGGCUGCUAAAGUUACUCGUCACAGCACACAGACUCCCCACAGUGAGUUACACACUUCAACACAGGCUACACACCUUGUAACUUAGGACUCGAUAGGCUAACGCUUCACAAAGUGGCGAACACCAGGUUGCUGACAAUACUUUACAUUCACCGCACUGUUCCCAAGAAAUUAAUAAAGUACUUUGUCCAGUUCAUGUAACAGCAACACAUCCUGCUCGUUAUGAACGGAUUCACCUACUCAUCCAGCGCUAUCAAGGCAACCUCGGUGUCGAACCUCAGUCCAGUCUCCUUCUCCAGGGCUCUCCAUCGAGGAAAAGCGACGCCGAUUUAAAUCUGCGUCAGUCUUCUCCGUUUGUCACUUUCUUUCUUCGCCAGCAGACCUUCUGCUGAACAAGAAGGCUCUUAUCUUCUCAGUAGGAUCCACCUCUGAGCCUCUUGGUCACUUCUUUGGUUCUCAGCCAUGUUGCUGCCUUCUCGUUGUCAGGUAAAACCGAGUAGAAUGCACCAUUUCCAGUGAGUCAGCGUGGGACUGUCGCCAAAGACACCGAAUACAAAAAGAACAAAUACUGAAAAAAACCGCGAGUUGUUAAGGUCCUUAAACACCGGGCGAGAAUUCGCCAGGCGAAUUGUUCGCCUUUUUUUAAAACAGCAUAAAGUCAAUGCAAGCUUCCACACCGGCGGCGAUUUUUCCGCGGGGCGAAAAGCCGCUUUUAUUUUUUAGCUCCUGUGUCGAAUUUUUCUGAUAUUCGCAGGCGAAUAUCUGGACCUGCUAGACCUCUGGCCAAUCAAAAGUCAUGUUGUUGAUGACGUCACAGACCCAUACGGCUGGAGGAGAGGGAGAAGUUUGAGAUUAUGAAUACGCACAGAAAGGCAGCUGAGGUGCAUCCAAAACUCUUUCUAAUUACUAAUGAAGUAGUUUCCUCACAAGAUGACGCUCUCUUGUCUUCCACCCCGCAUCUCCUCUCCUCCGUGCCGCAAAGCGACUUUAUUAAUUCGCUUUGCAAAAAAUAUACGCAUAUUCGCUUCGCGGCCGGUGUGUAUAGGCGAAAGCAAUUUUUCGGACCGGUGAAUAUUCGCAAUUUUCGUCUCGCUUUUUCACUUCGCUCCGCAAAUUCGCCGGUGUGUAAGGACCUUUAGAGUAGAGGAGUCGAACGGCUUAAUCAGCGUUGUAUCAUCUCCUCUUGUAGUGGCUUAGGUGAAACGGAUAUUUACAGACACAUAGAAGUUACACACUGUAGCUUUAAUCUUACCCCAGCUUAAUGUCAAUAUCAUAGUUUCCUUUUAUUUGCACAUGUUUAGGAGAAACACACAACCCCUCUGUGAAUCAGGCCCUGAGUGUGUUAGUGCGAUGAAAGUUGACUUCACUUCUCUGACUGUCUUUCACAGCUUUGGUGCGAGACACCAGAAAAUCUGACAAAGUUUAAUGAAAGUGAAAGAAAAGAGAGUGUGAGUGAGACUUAUCAGUUUUUAAAAUAACAUGCUGUCUCGACAUCUUCUUCAAACACUGACUCAUCAUUUUCACAACGCUGCAGGAGUCCCAGACCAUGAAAUAGUCAGAUCCAGGGUUCAGACAUGCAGAGUAUCCUCUACAUGAGCUGUUUUAAGGUGGAACUGUUGCGCCUCUAUCACGUUUUGCCAUUUAAAUUUGACAGGAGUGAAACAAACACCAGAAAUAGCAGCUUUAACUCCUGCCAUGUUCUCGCUUUUGUUCUCUUCCCUGUGGAGCAGGAGCAGGAGUGUCAGCUGACUCGGGACAUUGUGGAUUUGAUUGACAGGGAGGUGGACCUGUCGACUCGGGGGGUAAAAGCAGCCACUCUGGAGGGACUGAGGAAGAGGAUCGCCACUCUGUUCCUGCAAUUCGUCAAAACACCAAAAUUUAACCCCAAGGCUGCCGGGCUGCUGAAGGUAAACCAAGAACCCUGCUGGUCUGGUUUUAAUCUGUGGAAGUCUUAAAAUCUGAACGUCACCCCGUUCCCCCCCAGGUUCCCCAGAAUCCCUCCCAGCUGAAGAACAACAUGUUUCAUUGUCGGGGAUGUCAUCGCUACUUACAGUCCACCGACUUUGCGCCGACCGCCAGCGCCCGUCAUAGCGGCCGGUGCAAACACUGCACCGGACUCGACAACAUCGCCAGAUCCCGCAACGACUUCUCCUGCUACAAAAACAUCCUGAAGAGGCUGAGGGCGGACGAGCAGAAGACCAACGAGGAGGCCAAGAUCCCCUUCCUGCUGCAGGUGGACUUCAGGUUUCUCUGUCUGCCUCACAGGUGGCUCUAAUCGCAUCGACCUGACAUCUGCUGGUGUUUUCUCAGGUGGAGGAUGUGAAAUACUUGGUCGAGGUGAUCUGGGAAUCCCGCUCCGCCCUCCACGGUGGCAGCGACCUCUACAGUUUGAUGUUUGUUCGCUGGGAGCGCCACAGAGACUGGAGCCCCUGGAACUGCAUCCUGCUGUCCAAGGAGGAGACGUCAGCUCACCUGGAGGUGGAAGACGUCCACAAGGUAAAGACUCAGAACAUCUUCAGCUUCAGUUUGUUAUUUGUUUCACUCUGUAAACUCACCUCGCCCAGGAAAACCCGGGUUCACUUUGUUAUUUCAGCUUUUAUUUCCACCAGCUCAGGCAGUAAAGCUACUCCCUGUUCCUCCUGUCACUCACAACGCCGUGCAUUUCUUCUGGGAGACUGUAACACCAAUCGAUGACAUGCUGAGCACUCACUCGUGCAGACACUCCUGCCGGUCGUUAACCCUCCUCCUGGUGCUCCUCAGUUGGGUUUUACACCGUCUUUCUCACACAGAAUUUAAAGUUCGGGCUUUUUUAUUCCUCUCAUUCUGAAAAAUCUAUGAAGGAGUCACUCCCUGCUGAGUGACAGGCUGACAACAUUCAGGCGAUCAUAAAUGUGAUCGAAUUUUCAGGCGCUCCCCGUCACAAUCAGCCUGAUACAAAAUAGAUCUGCUCUUCAGAGCGAGACACGGCUUUAUUUUGCAGAACAUGCAGCUGCUCCCUGCUCCUAAAAGAGACCCUGAGGUAGUUAUCUAUUAGAAGUUUUACGGUAAUUAAUUCUAAUUCCCAUCUGCUCACAUCAUGUUGGAUGAGCAAGAGGCUUCAGGGACACUAACUCAUACAAAUUCAAAGGGAAAAUCGGUAUACUUGCUGCUGGUUCGACUUCCACCUGUUAUUCCAGCUCUUUAACCGUCUCAUCGACUAAAAUAAUCUCUAAAAAUUUGAUUUUUAUCUGUGAAAUCAGGGUGAAAAUGAAACUCCGGCCUGCAGCCCCAGGCUCUUGAAAAAGUACUUUGGUGCUUUUAUUUUGUUUUUAUGAUAAUUGUCAAAUUAAGACAAGAAAGUUCUCCAUCUGGUGACCUCUUAUAAAUAAUGGCGAGGAGGGUGGAAUAAACUCAAGUAGUGGAGUAAGUUUUAUUUUGUUGAAGCAUCUCCCAGUUAGAGAAAGUUCCAGGAAGAAUUUCAAAAUAAAAGUCUUCAACUAUCCGUCCUCUUGCUUUGUCUUAGAAAACCUGUUGUGGCGUUUUGUUUAGUCUUCUCUCUCUACAAGCGGCUCGUAAACUUUGGACUGCCACUGCUACUCAAACUGAUCCUCUUUCUAUGUGUGUGUGUGUGUGUGUGUGUGUGUGUGUGUGUGUGUGUGUGUGUGUGUGUGUGUGUGUGUGUGCGCGCGCGUGCGCGUGUAUGUACAGACCUACGAGUCGACGUUCAUCUGCAGAAUCAAACACAAACACAUGCUCGCUCGCCGACACUUCGGCCAGAUCUCCGUCAUGUCUGAGUACGUGGACUCUCAGCCACCCGCUGCCCUGGGCAACCAGCUUGUCUCCAUGCCUAUCGCCAUGGCGACAGGCAAGCACGCCACUAACAGCACACCAGCCUCGGCUCAUUAAGAACCACCCCAUGGUUUUCCUUUCUUCUGUCCCCGUUUCCUCCCUCUGCCUGUCACUUUUGCUCUUAAAACAUGAAGUCCGAAAAUAAAAUCAAGAUGAUGAAUCUCUGACUAGUUUGACGACAAACAUGUUAUAAUGAGAAGGCUUUAUGUGGCAGGCCUUGAAAUCAGUUAAGACAGCACAAAGACCUGAUGGCUGUGAAUGCCGUUUUCUUCUGAUGUUUCUCCCUGGAUAAAUAAAGCUGACAAAAACUCUGCAUUGAAAGCAGCAUGGGUCCAGAGUCUCACAGUGCAGCGUUUACUCUAACACUUGCUUUAUGCACACAGAACAUUUACAGACUCAGGUCAGAAUAAAAACAGCAGAUUUAAACACACAUUUAUGGAUCUUUACUGCUCCUAAACUGUGAAAUAAACAGCUGUAACUUUUACCAGUUCAGGGAAAUAAUGCAAUGAAGAAUUAACGCUGACAUUUCCUUUUUACUGUGUGCAACAGUCACCGGGAAUCUGGCUAAACUGACACAGGUCAGCAUCACUCUGCAGGUAUUUUCUGAACAAGACUGCUGCAAGAAACCUUCAAGAAAACACACACAAACUCAUGCAUGAGGCAUCAACUAAAUGUAAAUCUUCUUAGUGAUGCUUCCAAGGUCAGGCCGUUGAGAGAUGCUGUUAUUUCCUCUACAGGUUUAGGGGCAUGUAGUUUUAUCAUGAAUCACACAGAUGGAUGGGACAAUUUAACUGUGG